AUAAUUUCCCAGUUUAUCAUCAGAUUCAAAGAAAUAGUUUUUCUCAUCAUCAAAAUUCGCCUGGUUUUUAUUCAGCCACUACAACUCCAUUUAUAGGUGCUAUUGGCGACGAUUUUUCUACUCCCAUCACAGGCAUCAAAAAUUUCCAAUUCCUAUCAGGAUCACCGAGUCUCGGCACCCCGACUUCGCCAUCUUUGAAUAGAUUUGAUCUUCAUCAGAAUCCACCAGUUGUACCUUCUCAACAAUUAGGAGUAUCAGCAAGAAAAUCGGGCCCCAAUUCGCAUUCACUAACAGAAAAUCUUAUCAUCUCGCCGGACUUAAUUUAUAGUCCAUCCAUCCCGCACAUCCCAGAGACUCAGCUUGAUCUCGGUUCCUCUUCAGCAACUGAUUCGAAUAAUUUCUUCGCACCGUUGUCUUUAACUUCACCAAGAAUUGAUCAGACUCCUAGUUAUUCCUCCGACAUUUUAACUGAGCCUUCGACUGCAGUUAACACUCCCUAUACCGCUCCUUUAGCAUACCUGGAAGAAAAUACCAACGUCGAACAAUCCGCGUCUAAUAAAGCUAAGCGAUCAAAGAAUUUUACUUUCGCUGACCUCGAUUGCAUCACCACAAACAUGGCUUCGGUAUCGACAUUUCCUCCAAUUGAUAAAUCAAAAUCUUCCACAGAGCCAGCAGAAAGCAGCACUAACAGUACAAACAAUAAUUAUAAUAAUGGUCAAGAUGUGGAUUUGUCUGCAAUGGAAGAUGCACGAGUGGGGAGUCCAAAAACUCCACAAACUCCUGCCAUAAACACUCUUCAUCCAGAUCAAGCAGCUCCUCGUCCGGUACCAAUUAGGCCUCGCCCGGACGAGGGUCAACAAAAUAAAGAGGCGCCUCGAAAAAGAAGAAAGAGUGACUCUGGUUCCAUGGAAGUUGACGGAGAUUCAGAACUUGAUGAGACUAAUGGCAAAAAUUUCGUGUGCACCAAAUGUGGUCGUGGAUUUCAAAGAAAAUUCAAUAUGCAAACACAUGAACAAACGCACGACCCAAAUCGAAUUAAACCAUUUUCUUGUGAUUUCCCGGGGUGUGGUUCAAGAUUCACAAGAAAACAUGAUCUUAAGCGCCACGUCAACGGAAUUCACAAAGGUGAGAGAGUUCACGAAUGUAACGUAUGUAAUAAACAGUUCAGUCGAAAGGAUGCUUGGAAACGACAUCAAAGUUCUUGCAGCAAAAACUAG